AUGCAGCGCAUCCAAGGGCCUGUCUGCCACAUUGCCCUGCGGCUGCCGAGCCCACCCUGGCUCCAGACCAGACUUUUCCUUAGCUCUAGAGUGCAAGUUGUGCUCCCUCUGUGCAGGAACGUGGUUGUUUUCCUCUUGGGGCGAUCCUUGGUCCUGUCCUCACUGCGUGUCUCUUUCAAUUCCAGUGUUCCCUCCAUCAACCUGAGCAACUGCAAAUAUGAGAGCGUGCGGCAGGCAGCACGGCGCUGCGGGCUGAAAGAGGCGGGAGAAGAUGAGGAGUGGACAGUGUAUUGGACAGACUGCUCGAUCUCUCUGGAGCAUGUCAAGGGAAUGAAAAGGUUUCAGAAAAUCAACCAUUUUCCAGGCAUGAGCGAGAUCUGCCGUAAGGACUUGCUGGCUCGCAACCUGAACCGCAUGCACAAGCUCUUCCCCAAGGAGUACAAUAUAUUUCCCCGCACUUGGUGCUUGCCAGCUGACUAUGGAGACUUCCAGGCCUACAGGCGUGUGAGGAAAGCCAGGACAUUCAUCUGCAAACCAAACAGCGGCUGCCAAGGGAGAGGCAUCUCCAUAAUGUGUAAUCCAGAGAAGAUCAAACACGGAGAGCACAUGAUCUGUCAGAAGUACAUCUCUAAGCCUUUCCUUAUUGAUGGCUUUAAAUUUGACAUGCGUAUCUACGUGCUGGUCACAUCUUGUGACCCACUGAGGAUUUUUCUCUACAAGGAGGGUCUGGCCCGCUUUGCCACCAUGAAGUAUGUCGAUCCCAGCAGCAGAAACCCAGAUGAUAUCUGCAUGCAUUUGACCAAUUAUGCUAUCAACAAAAGCAAUGAAAACUUCAUCCAGGAUGACACCAAGGGCAGUAAGAGGAAACUGUCCACCCUGAAUGCCUGGAUGAGGGACAACAGCUACAACACAACAAAACUGUGGGAAGAUAUUGAAGAUCUUAUUAUAAAGACUCUUAUUUCAGCUUACCCUGUUUUGAAGCACAAUUACCAAAGCUGCUUUCUAAACCACACGACCAGCUGCGCCUGCUUUGAGAUACUGGGGUUUGAUAUUUUGCUGGACAGAAAGUUAAAGCCAUGGCUGCUAGAGGUGAACCACUCCCCCAGCUUUGCCACGGACUCUAGCCUAGACCAAGAGGUGAAGGAUGCUCUUCUCUGUGACACCAUCAACCUGAUAAACGUGCAUGCCUGUAACAAAAGGAAGGUGCUGAAGGAAGACAAACAGCGGGUAAAAGAUCGGCUCCUCCAGCCCCGUCAGACUCUCCGUGCAUCCAGGUGCGAGGAGCUGAAGAACAACCAGGCCACGUGGCUGUCCCAGGCAGAGCAGUAUGAGAACUCGCACCUGGGCGGCUACCGGCGCAUUUACCCAGCCUCUGGAACAGAGAAGUAUGAGGCAUUUUUCAAGCAGAGUAGCUCUGUGUUCCAGGAGACAGCAUCCUCCAGAGCACGAGAGGAGUGUGCCAGAAAGCAACUGGAGAAAAUAAAGAUGGAAAAAGAAAAGUGGGAAGCUCUUACCAUGAAGACAAAAAGGGAGAAGAAAGAUGACCUGCAUGGACAGUCAGCUGGGGACAAAUCCCAGAUACAUAACAAAACUACAGCUCCUACAACCAACAGAAGCACCAGGCUGUGGGACAGAAAGGUACAGCAAUACAACUCGAUGCAACCCCAGGAUAUCAUAGAACAUGAGGAAAAGAGAAGAGUGGCUGCUCUUCAGGGGCGUGAGAACCUUAUCCAACGCCUUGGUGUCAUCAAUCAGCUCUACCAGCUACUCCCCAUGACACAUAGACCAGACAACGCACAGAGAUGCUGCGCUGCCAUCCCCAUGCACCAGCCACAGUGUCUGUGGGAUGUGCUCGGGGACCAUGACACCCAUGACUUGAGGACGCUGGUCCCGCCCUCACUCCAGAGAGGUCCAGUCUGGCCCUCAGGACACCAGUUCCAACACAACCUGCAUCCAGAUGGCUUGGAUCCUGACAUCACGGGCCUCCUCCUCAUUCGAGGUCUGAGAAACCCUUACCAUGCACAGCAGAAUGUGCAUCUGGGCCUCCUGGCGCAGGACAUGGGCUGGUUGCGGAGCCAGACAGCGUGCACCAAACCCCAAGGGCUGCAGGUGAGAGGCCAGUGGCUCCUUGACGCCAGACACAAGACUGAAGGCAGUGAGCACAUGCUCCCUUCCAGCAGCUCUGAGCACCUGUGUCACGAAGGCUCAGGCUGCUGCUGCCCAGGGUCUCCAGCCAGCACAGGGAAGGCCACAAGCAAUGACAUCUUUAGCCCCGCUGCAGCUCAGGAGCUUCCUGUUGCCUCUGCAGCCCAUGUGCAGCACACAUGUGCUGUACACAAAGACAGUGACUCACACUGGGACAGGGCAGCACACCAGGACAGUGCCUCAGACCAGGACAGGGCCACACCAGGACAGGGCCACACACCGGAACAAGGCAGCAGGCUGCUGACCCGCAGAGCUCCCACUGUCUGCCGGCGCUCUUGCAGGUGA